UGUAUUUAAAAUUUGUGUUUUUGCCACCUUGUUGGCUAGACAAAUUCAAAUGUACAAAAUACCAGAAAACUUCCCCAACAUUUAUUUUACAAUUUUGUUUUCCAACUUGUUUUACAAUUUUCUUUUUUACAAUUCUUACCCCAGCCUCUUUCAAAAACUUUUUUAAGCUUUAUUGUUUUACCAACUUGUUUUACAACAAGUUGUGUUUUACAACUUGUUUUACAAAAAGUUUCCAACUUUUUUUUCAACAUGUUUUACAAUUUUGUUUUUUUUGCAACUUUUACCAGCCUUUUUCAAACCUUUUUCAGAAACAUUUUUAAACUUGUUGUUUUUCCAAUUUGUUUUUACAAAUUCUUCCAACUUGUUUUACAAAACACCUUUUCUCUAACAACAUUAUCCCAACUUUUUUUUCUUCAAAACAUGUUUAAACUUUUUAAUUAUAAUGUUUUAUUAUUAUUCUUUUUGUUUUACCUAUUUACAAACGGAUUCGCGCAAUUUAAUAUUUUUUCUCACACACAUUUUGUUGUUUUUCUAUUAUUUAUUUUUCACUUCAUUUUCGCUACAAUAAACACUAAUCCAAGUCUAAUUGAAAAAUAAAAUUUAUAUAUAAAUGAAGUAAAACGCGACUUUUUGGGGGUAAAAAGAGUAAAAAGAAGGGGCUCAGCCGGAAAAAUUGACAGUUUUUGUCAUCCAAAAUGAGAGAAGAAAAAUCUUCCUUUAACCUUUAUUUUUGUUUAUUAGCACUUUAAUUUCUUUUUUAUUAUUUUUAUACGGAAUCCUCUUUUUAAUACCUCUCUCUUUUUAAGCUUUAUUUGUGUGCCAAUAAUACUAGUAAA